UACAAAAUCUUCAAAUAGUUGAGCCAAUAAUACCCAAUUGAACAAAGACGCAAAACUAGCACAAGUAUAAAGAUUCCCCUUCGCAAUCGCAUGUUAAACCUGGGAAAUCAAUUCCCAUCAACAAAAAACUUGCUCAACCAAAUCCCAAUAACAAUGUCUGAAUCAUUCACAGAAAUCCAAAUUCCUCAACAAAAACACUAUUCAUACUCCACCCUUUUCCCUCUAAUUUUAACUCCAAAUUUCAACUCUUCUUCUUCUUCUUCCUUCAUCGACUCCAUUAAAACCCACAAACAUUACCUUCAAUCCCGCCUUCAUUCCUCAGGGGCUAUUCUUUUUCGUGGGUUUCCAUUAACAACUCCCACUGAAUUCAACGACGUCGUUGAGGCAUUCGGUUUCGAUGAAUUUCCAUACGUGGGCGGCGCUGCUCCUAGGAGUAACGUUGUUGGCCGUGUUUUUACUGCUAAUGAAUCUCCACCGGAUCAGAAAAUCCCUUUCCAUCAUGAAAUGGCUCAGGUUCCUGAGUUUCCAUCGAAAUUGUUUUUCUUUUGUGAAGUAGAACCAAAGAAAGGAGGAGAAACUCCAAUUGUUCUGAGCCAUAUCAUAUAUGAAAAGAUGAAGGAGAAACACCCUGAUUUUGUUCAACAACUUGAAGAGCAUGGAUUGAUGUAUAUACGGUUGUUGGAUGAAGGGGAUAAUCCAGCAUCUCCGAUUGGUCGUGGUUGGAAAUCUACAUUCUUGACUGAUGAUAAGAGCAUAGCUGAACAAAGGGCAGCUAAGUUAGGCAUGAAGUUGGAAUGGUUGGAGAACAGGGUAAAAACAAUAAUGGGUCCAAUCCCAGCUAUCAAAUUUGAUGAAAGUAAGCAACGCAAGGUCUGGUUCAACAGCAUGGUGGCAGCUUACACAGGCUGGGAAGAUGAACUAAAUGAUCCUGUCAAGGCAGUUACCUUUGGCGAUGGAAGACCAUUGCCGGCCGACAUUGUAUAUGACUGCCUCAAAAUUCUUGAAGAGGAGAGUGUUGCAAUUCCAUGGAAGCAGGGUGAUAUCCUUUUAAUCGACAACUGGGCUGUUCUUCAUUCUCGUAGAUCUUUCGAUCCACCACGACGUGUGUUAGCUUCUCUUUGCAAGUAGGUAAUACAUUCCUGGCUCUUUUUCUGGAACAUAUGCUCGUAUGUUAUUUUUCCUCAAUUAUUAUAUAAAUAGCGAAAGAAUGAAUAUGUACAUAUAUAUUUGUUGAAGAUAGUGUUGCAUAAGUGAUGAUUACUGAAGUGCAUCAUAUUUGUAUUACAUUUUGCACGAGGGAAAUAAGGCGUAUAUACUUCUUUCACUA